AGCGGCCGCAGAGGUGUGGGUGUCUUGGGCCGGGGGCAGCUGGGUGUGGCGUGAGUGGGGCCGCCCAGUCGGGGCAACUGCUGCGCAAUCAGAUAGGGUCUGGACUUUGCGUAAAGGAACGGGUGGGAACUGAAAAGGGGAGGUGGGAACCGGGAGGGAGGGAAGGUAUGGGGGUGAGUGAAGGGGCGGGGCCCUGGCUGCUGUGGCCUCCCCUGACCCCCUACCCCCGCUGCUGGGGUCCUCGGCCAAGCCCCCUUCUCUCUGGACUGUCGGUCCGUCAGGGUCUGUGCCUGCAGAGACAUGAGGCUGAGCUGGGUCCUGACAGUACUGUCCAUCUGCCUGAGUGCCCUGGCCACGGCUACAGGGGCAGAAGGCAAACGGAAACUGCAGAUUGGGGUCAAGAAACGGGUGGACCACUGUCCCAUCAAAUCUAGAAAAGGGGAUGUUCUACACAUGCACUACACGGGGAAGCUGGAAGAUGGGACGGAGUUUGACAGCAGCCUGCCCCAGAACCAGCCCUUUGUCUUCUCCCUUGGCACGGGCCAGGUCAUCAAGGGCUGGGACCAGGGGCUGCUGGGGAUGUGUGAGGGGGAAAAGCGGAAGCUGGUGAUCCCAUCAGAGCUGGGGUAUGGAGAGCGGGGAGCUCCCCCAAAGAUUCCAGGUGGCGCAACGCUGGUGUUCGAGGUGGAGCUGCUCAAAAUCGAGCGACGUUCAGAACUGUAGCCAGACUGGGGAGGAGCAAGAGGGGAGAGGCCCCCAUCAGGGACCAGACUGUUCAAAAAAACAAAAAACAAAAAACUCUUUAAAAGCCCAA